AUGGCAUUCCCUCACCUGCAGCAGCCCAGCUUCCUACUGGCUAGCCUGAAAGCUGACGCAAUAAAUAAGCCCUUUGCACAGCGAUGCCAAGACUUAGUUAAAGUCAUAGAGGAUUUUCCAGCAAAGGAGCUGCAUGCCAUCUUCCCAUGGCUGGUAGAGAGCAUUUUCGGCAGCUUGGAUGGUCUUCUCAUCGGCUGGAACCUCCGCUCCUUACAGGGACGUGUGAGCCCUGUAGAAUACAGCAUUGCGAUGGAAUUUCUAGACCCUGGUGGCCCAAUGAUGAAGUUGGUAUAUAAACUUCAAGCUGAAGACUAUAAGUUUGACUUUCCUGUCUCCUACCUGCCUGGCCCCGUGAAGGCGUCCAUCCAGGAGCAUAUGGUCCCUGACAGUCCUCUGUACCACAACAAGGUCCAGUUCCCCCCCACCGGGGGCCUUGGCCUGAACCUGGCCCUCAAUCCGUUCGAGUAUUAUAUGUUCUUUUUCGCUCUGAGCCUCAUCACUCAAAAGCCACUCCCCGGGGCCCUCCAUGUUCGUACUUCAGACUGCGCGUAUUUCAUCCUGGUGGACAGGUACCUGUCGUGGUUCCUGCCCACAGAAGGCAGCGUGCUCCCCCUGCUCUCCUCCAGUCCCGGGGGGCCCAGCCCCUCACCAGCUCCCAGGACUCCAGCCAUGCCUUUCGCUUCCUAUGGCCUCCACCACACCAGUCUUCUGAAGCGACAUCUCUCUCACCAGACAUCUGUGAACGCAGACCCUGCCUCCCAUGAGAUCUGGAGGUCGGAAACUCUACUCCAGGUUUUUGUUGAAAUGUGGCUUCAUCAUUAUUCCUUGGAGAUGUAUCAGAAAAUGCAGUCCCCUCAUGCCAAGGAGUCAUUCACGCCCACCGAGGAGCACGUGCUGGUGGUGCGCCUGCUGAUCAAACACCUGCACGCCUUUUCCAACAGCCUGAAGCCCGAGCAGGUCUCGCCCUCCGCCCACUCCCAUGCCACCAGCCCCCUGGAGGAAUUUAAACGGGCUGCAGUCCCGAGGUUCGUCCAGCAGAAGCUCUACCUCUUCCUGCAGCACUGCUUCGGCCACUGGCCCCUGGACGCGUCCUUCAGAGCUGUCCUGGAGAUGUGGCUAAGCUACCUGCAGCCCUGGAGGUACGCGCCUGAGAAGCAACCUCAGAGCAGUGAUGGCCAGGCCCGCUGCGUGUCCGAGAGAUGGGCGCCCUUCGUGCAGGAGAACCUGCUGCUGUACACCAGGCUCUUCGUGGGCUUCCUGAGCCGCGCGCUGCGCACCGACCUGGUCAGCCCCAAGAACGCGCUGAUGGUGUUCCGCGUGGCCAAAGUCUUUGCCCAGCCCAGCCUGGCCGAGAUGAUCCAGAAAGGCGAGCAGCUGUUCCUGGAGCCGGAACUCGUCAUCCCUCACCGCCAGCACCGGCUCUUCACGGCUCCCACCGUCACCGGCAGCAUCCUGUCAUCAUGGCCGCCGGCCGUCACCGACACCUCCUUCAAGGUGAAGAGCCAUGUCUACAGCCUGGAAGGCCAGGAUUGCAAAUACACCCCGAUGUUUGGGCCGGAGGUCCGGACGCUGGUCCUGCGCCUGGCUCAGCUCAUCACACAGGCCAAGCAGACAGCCAAGUCCAUCUCUGACCAGUGCGGGGAGAGCACAGCCAGCCGCCCUUUCCUGUCAUGGCUGGGCUUCUACCUUUCGGACACAAACAGCUCCUACCCAGCCAACGACCUGGACGACAUGGGGCAGGACAGCAUCCGCAAGACGGACGAGUACCUGGAGAAGGCCCUGGAGUACCUGUGCCAGAUGUUCCGACUCAGUGAGGCCCAGCUCGCCCAGCUCACACUCGCCUUGGGGACAGCUCAGGGGGAGAAUGGGAAGAAGCAGCUCCCGGACUGCAUCGUGGGGGAGGACGGACUCAUCCUCACACCCCUGGGCCGGUACCAGAUCAUCAACGGGCUACGGAAGUUUGACAUCGAGUACCAGGGGGACUCGGAGCUACAGCCCAUCCGGAGCUAUGAGAUUGCUAGCCUGGUCCGCUUGCUCUUCCGGCUGUCCUCCACCAUCAACCAGAGGUUUGCAGACCAGAUGCGAGCCCUGUGCUCCCGGGCUGACUUCCUCGGCAGGUUCUGCAGAUACCACCUCAUGGAGCCUGGGCUGACUGACAAACACCUGCUGAGCCCCGUGGGGCAGGGCCGUGUGGCCAGCCGUGCCCGAGGGCCCAGGCUCAGCCUUCGUUUCCUGGGCAGCUACCGGACGCUGCUGACGCUGCUGCUGGCCUUCUUCGUGGCCUCUCUGUUCCACGUCGGGCCCCUGCCCUGCGCCCUGCUCCUUGUGCUGGGCUACUUCCUCUACGCCGCGGCCAUGACACUGCUGACGGAGCAGGGCAAGCUGCACCAGCCCUGA